UGUAAAACGAGGGGAUGAUUCUGUAAUCUAGGUGAACAGCGCAAGAUAGCAAACAUGAUACGCUUAUCUUUCGUCUUUUUUUUUUCUUUCUUCAUUAAUUAAGUUCGGGUAUAUAGCGCAAAAACGUAGCCAGAGUUCAUCUUCAGGGGAGAGAACGCUAAACUGAACCAAACGGCGUCGGUUAGUCCGACGGAGCAACCAUGUCGUCGUCUCUUCUUCUCUCUGGUUCUAUAGUACCUUCUUCGUUUAUCGCUCCAUCGAAGCUUUCUCUCGUACGGAAGCCCAAUAAGUCACUGUUACCAUUUCGGAAUGUUUCGAGAAGCUUCAAAAGCCUUAGGUGCGCCGUUGAUUCUCCUUAUGGAGGCAACGUCCCAACGUUUCCCCGGACCAGAGUUUGGGACCCGUAUAAACGUCUAGGAAUUAGUCCAUAUGCUUCUGAGGAAGAAAUCUGGGCGUCCCGUAACUUUCUAUUAGAGCAGUAUGCUGGACAUGAGAGAAGCGAAGAAUCUAUAGAAGCCGCCUUUGAGAAGCUUCUAAUGUCUAGUUUUAUCAAAAGGAAGAAGACUAAGAUCAAUUUGAAAACAAGGUUGAAGAAGAAAGUUGAGGAAUCUCCUCCGUGGCUCAAAACCCUUCUCGAUUUUGUUGAAAUGCCUCCUAUGGACACUAUUUUCAGAAGACUGUUCCUCUUUGCUUUCAUGGGUGGUUGGAGUAUCAUGAACUCAGCAGAAGGCGGUCCUGCGUUUCAGGUGGCGGUAUCAUUGGCUGCUUGCAUAUAUUUCCUGAAUGAGAAGACAAAGAGCUUGGGGAGAGCUUGCUUAAUCGGAAUUGGUGCUUUAACGGCCGGGUGGUUCUGUGGUUCGCUAAUCAUUCCCAUGAUCCCGACGUUUCUCAUUCACCCGACAUGGACGCUCGAGCUCUUAACAUCACUGGUUGCUUAUGCUUUUUUGUUUCUUUCUUGUACUUUCCUCAAAUAAGUCCUCUGUUUUUUUCAGACACUUUUUUUUUGUUAUUUUUCCCAAAGACUUGAACAGAAUCUCUCGGCUUCGGAAAAAAAAAAAUAGUGGAAUUUGUCAAUCGUCGGUAAUGUGUAUUGGUAUUAGCCUAUUAGGCAUUCACAAGAUCAUAUAUUUUUGAAGGUAACUUUAA